CGUGUAACAACAAGAUGGCGGCGCCGCGGACGGCUCUGCAGCCCUGCGUGGGAGUUCCUGACAGCUAGAGACUAGAAGUAGAAUUAUGAGCUCACCUUUGGCCUCCCUUGGCAAGACCCGGCGAGUGCCUCUGCAUUUGGAGCCUGUGAAUCCGGGGAGGCGAGGGAUAAAAAUUUACGGAAAUGAAGAUGAGGUGGACGUGCUGAAUGACGCGCACGGCUCAGAAGAAAGGAUCUCUGUUCCUUCCUGCUAUGGUGGCAUAAGUGCCCCUGUGAGUAGGCAAGUCCCUGUGUACCACGACUCGGAGUUGAUGGCCACCAUGGCGAGGAAAGUGCAGGAUCUGGAGCGGCAGGUGAAGGCCCAGGAGGAUGAGAUGCUCUCCAAGGAUCGGAAGAUACGGGCCUUGGAGGAGCUGGUGGAGACCCUCCAGGAGCACCAGGGCACGGUGACCUCGCAGCGGCAGGAGGAGCUGGAGACCAGGUGCGCGCAGCUGCAGCGGCAGGUCGGGGAGAUGGAGCGGUUCCUCGGUGACUACGGCCUGCAGUGGGUGGGCGAGCCCAUGCAUGAGGAGCACUCGGAGGAUGGUGAGAGGGACUGGAUGACAGCCAAGAAGUUCUGGAAGCCAGGAGACUCACUGGUACCCCCCGAGGUGGACUUUGACAGGCUGCUGGCUAGCCUGAAGGAUCUCAGUGAGCUGGCGGUAGACAGUGACACCCAGCUGACACCAGUGCCCAGCAGAGCGCCACACUGUGUCCUUGAGCCCAUCCCACUGAAGCUCUACCGGAAUGGCAUCGUGAUGUUCGAUGGCCCCUUCCGGCCCUUCCACGAUCCCUCCACACAGCGUUGCCUCCGAGACAUAUUGGAUGGCUUCUUCCCGUCAGAGCUCCAGCGGCUGUACCCUGACGGGGUCCCCUUUAAGGUGAGUGACCGGCGCAAUCAGGUCUACCCAGAGAAUGGGCUGGACCUGUUCCCAGGCGAGGGCCGAGUGGUAGGCUGGCAGAGGAUUCGAAAGCCCUUGGACAGGAUGGAGCACCCAGGCUCCAGGAUGACCGCCGAGAAGUUUCUGAACAGGCUACCCAAAUUUGUGAUCCGACAAGGCGAGGUGAUUGACAUUCGAGGCCCCAUCCGGGACACCCUGAAGAACUGCUGCCCAUUGCGUGUCCAGAUCCAGGAGAUUGUGGUGGAGACGCCUGCCUUGGCUGCUGAGCGUGAGAGGAGCCAGGAGUCUCCGGGGUCACCCGCGCCCGCGCUCUCCACGCUGCGCAUCAAGUCUGAGAAUGGCGAGCAGGCCUUCCUGCUGAUGAUGCGGCCGGAGGACACAGUCGGUGAUGUGCGCACCCUGCUUGCACAGGCCAGGGCCAUGGAGGCCACUACCUUCGAGAUCUUCAGUACGUUCCCGCCCACAGUCUACCACAAUGACGCUCUCACGCUGCAGGCCGCGGGCCUAGUGCCCAACGCCACGCUGAUGCUUCGGGUACGCCGGGCUCCGCCGCCCGCCCCCGGCCCCGAAUAAAGCGCCCA